AGUUAACCAAGAUGAUGUAUUGGUGAUUUAACAGCGGAUGCAGCGUGCACCUUCAGGAUGGGAGGAGUACAAAAAACUUGUGAAUGAAAUUUUCCAAAUGAUCCCGGACAAGGAGAUGUACAGGGAUGCUGCUCUUGAACGCUGCAGAGUGUGUUCAGUAGUCGGCAACUCUGGGAACCUCAUUAACUCUCAUUAUGGUCCUAUGAUUGAUGACGGUGAUUUUGUCCUGAGAAUAAAUCGAGGUCCCACCAAAGGCUUUGAGCAGGAUGUUGGAUCAAAAACUACUCAUCGCAUUAUUUACCCAGCAAGUGCUGUUGACAUGGACAACUCAACUCACAUGGUCUUUUUUGCCUUCAAGACGGCUGAUCUGAAAUGGUUGGCUCAUAUGUUCACUUCACACAAUGUCGAAAGAGGAAAAAUGCCAGUGAAAUCAGGGAUUAAAGCAAAUGUGAAUUUGGUGAUGGUUGUAAGCCCUAGUUUCAUGAAGUAUGUCCAUCACCAGUGGCUGCAGAAACAUGGUCGAUACCCAUCCACUGGAUUCAUGACUCUCAUUAUGGCUCUUCAUAUCUGUGACAAGGUUCGAGUGUACGGAUUCGGAGCAGACCGACAGGGUUACUGGCAUCACUAUUUUGAAAAGAUACUGCCGAAACAAAAAACGGGCCAUCAUGGGGGAAACUUUGAGAAUGCCAUCCUCAAAGAACUUCACCAAAGGAAAAAAGUUGAACUCUACGUAUGACUUCUGGAAACAAUUAAGCUCAACUCCGCAAUUCAACAACAGUUACCGUACUCAAAAUGUAUUUGUAUACUGUUCAAAUGAAUGUCCAAUGUCUGGGAUUACCUUUCUCAUUUCCUCUUCCUUCUGCUGCAUGCAGCGACUUUUUCCUCACCUCAGUUGCUACCAGGGUCCUUGUUUAAAUUUUCUGAUUCAUGUUUUUUUUUUCUUUUUUUUAGUCUAGGUUUCUUGAUUGUCAUGUUGUUAUUCCAUUCUUUUUUCUGAUUCCAUGUCUGAUCUUCUGAUUUUGUUCCUCCAUGAUAUUUAAAAUCUGAGCUAGCCAUCUAUCAUCCCUUACCCUUGCCAGAUAUUUCCUUUUUAUUAAUCAACUUGUUUUUUUUUAAUAAAGCUGUUAAAGAAAGUUGAAUAAGAGAGAGAGAUUAUUGUCAAUGUCUUAUUUAAAUGUUUUUAGUUAAACUGCACAUUGGAGACUGGUCAAACGCAAUUUCAGACUUCUGUGCUAACCCUGUUACAUAGAUUUU